AGUCUCAGAGGUUGAACCAAGUGCAUAGCCCCACUUCAUUAGUUCCUUGGAGUGCCCAACUUCAGUACGUAGGUAGCUGAGACAUCACCACCUGUGCCAUGGCUCAGCCCCUGGUGCUAAGGACGCAGAAGCUGGAAUAUGCAUUUUUUCGCUGUCAGGUAUUUUCUUCAGCUUCUCGUUCCACAUCUGUAGUCGUGUUUCCUGGGGUGUGGCGUCCAGAGGUUGGGCGCUGGUGAGGAAGCUCCUGCGUGACUUCAGACGUUUGUGUGCGGUGGGAUGGUCGUACAGCGGGCGUCUCACUUCUUCAGUUUAUCUCAACCGGUCCGUCUUGCUGGCCACUGCUCUUCUGAUGGCAGGUGGAGCGAUGCCUGACAGGAUAAAUAUAUAGCACAUUGCCUGGCCGUCCUGUUUAUCCAGGGGCAUGCACUGAAAGUGAGACUGUCAAAAUUCAUUUGGCUAAAAUGUAACUUAAGUUUAUUUUGUUUCCAAACUCCUUUCUUUUUGACACAAAUGACCUGCUAUUUUUUUUUAAAAAAGGAAACAAAAGAAAUGCCAAUAGCUUGGAGCCCAAGAGCCACCGUCCAGCGUGGGAACCCAGCCCGGCCCUUCCCUACCAGGGCCUGCACACGAUUCAGUUUCCACUAGAAAUCUGCGAGGGCAUCGGGCUCUUGUGGUCCUUCGGAGGUCUUUUCACUGCUAUUAACUUUCCUGUAGUCAGGAAAGACAGGACACUUUCCCAGGAGUGCCUUAGAGGAGGCUUGGCCCCUAAGGGGAGACCUGCAGCAUUUGCGGGGUCAGGCCCGGCACGUGCUAGGAAGGGAGAAGCCGCAGCUGCGCUCAGGGCUUCAGUCUCCCUUGCAAACAGUGGGGCUGGGGAGGUGUUUAUUUUCCAGGAUCCGCCCAAAACCACAGCAGGAGCGAGGGCAGCCGAGAAGCCUUCGCCCUGCCCCGCUCGCUGCCUCCAGCAGCUCCGGCCUCAAGCAAGGGCAGCGCGCGGGGCGCCGCGGCAGCGGGAGCGGGGCUGGAGCGCGGGGAGCGCCCGCCGGAGCCGGAGCCGGAGCCGGAGCCGGUCCAGCCCCGCGCUGCAGGCGCUGUCCACCAUGACCAGCCUGGAAGAGGGUGCCUGGGCCCCCAUUCACCACGCCGCGGUGCGCAACCACGCGGCCACCAUGGCCCGGCUUCUGGACACCGCGGGGCCCGAGGAGCUGGAAGCGCCGACUAGGGAUGGGCUGAGAAACACCCCGCUCCUGCUGGCUGCCGCUAGCGCCAGCUACCAAGUGGCGGAGCUGCUGGUGGGACGAGGGGCGGACGUGGCGGCCCUGAAUGCCCAGCAGCACGGCGUGGCAGAGCUGUGCGCCUUGCACGGGCACUGGGCUCUGCUCAGGUAUUUCCUGGCGCUCGGGGACCCCCGGGUCAAUGUGUGCGCCAGGCUGAUCUCUCUGCUCCAGUCGGACGUGGACAGGGAAGCGCUGAGUGCAGGCCUGGCCCUGGCACACCUCAUGGACGAGGCAUCUGGGGCAGCGCCAUGUCCAGCUCCCCGCUUGCUGGAGCAGGGGCUGGUUCCUGCGGUGCUUGGCAUGCUUGGGAAAGACGCCAGCCACACUGUGAAGGAACAGGCCUUGCACCUGCUAAACAGCCUCCUGAGAGCUCGAGGUGGGAAGGAAGAGGUGGCCAAGCACGGAGGCAUCCAGGUUCUCGUCUCCCUACUCAGCGAGGGGGCGGAAGGGCUUCUGGGUGGGGUGGUGGGUGCCAUUUGUGAAAUAGCUUGUGAAAAGAGCUUUGCUGAGGAACUUCACUCAGCCGGCGCCAUCCCAGCAUUUCAGAGGGUGCUCAGUGCAGCUCGGAGAGGCAGCAGUAGCUGCCUGGGCACGGGGAGUGGAGAGCCCCUUGCUGCAGGUAGUCUGAGGAGCCUGGACUUGAUGGCUGAAGCCUGCAAAAGCUGUAAAGAUGAUAUGGGAAAGCAGCACGGCUUCCUGUCAGGACUGGUGCAACUGGCUGAGGAAUGCCGCUCCCCAAGCCUGAUGAUUGUAUGGAGCGAAGUUGUGGAAAGUGUGACGGCAAACCAUCCAAACAACCAGGCUGCUUUCCUCGCAGUAGAUGGAGCCGUUCCUUUGAUACACAUGAUGAAGUCAAAGGCCAGAGAUGUCCAGCUGCAGGCAAUAAAAGCUCUUCACAGGCUAGUUGAAGGAAACCCUGAUGCCCAAAAGAAGGUUUUGGAAUUAGGUGGCACGUUACCUCUUAUUCAACUACUGCAAAAAAGUCAGAGUCCGCAUGUACAAGAAGUUGUGGCCGAUGCUUUAUGGGCCUUAGCUGGAGCUGAAACAGAAUGUCAGAGGACAGUGGCUGAAGGCAUGGGAGUAAACAUGCUGGUUGGUUUUUUGCGCUCUGUAUCACAGAAGCUCCACCAAAUUGGAAUAGAAGGACUCGGAGUACUUUUGCAAGGUCCUAGAGACAUGAGAAAUGCCGUUUUCUCAGCAAAUGGAGUGGACCAUCUCGUAAGGAUGCUGUGUUCCGAGAGAGAAAAUAUUGUGCUCAGCACAAUCCGUGUUCUUCGCCACGUGUGUCUUGGUAUUGGCUACAUUCCACACUACAAGAACCAAAUAGCCAUUGCUAAUUCCAGGGGUCUCAAGUUUUUGCUAGCAUUGAUGAUACAUUCUCCGUAUGAAGCAAUCCAGGCAGAGGCAGCCUACACCCUGAGUGCUGUGGUCCUAGGCAACAGUGAAAACUUGGAGAUACUUUCCCAUAGUUCAGCCUUCCAGUACAGGUAUAUCCUUCCCCUGCUAUAUUCAUCUGAGGAAGAGAUUCGCCUUCUGACAGCUGGGGCCUUAGCAACAUUUGCUUUCAAUAACGUCAGUGAGCAGCGAGCAAUCAUUCAAGCAGGGGGAGUUAGAUGGCAUCACUUUCAACCAUUCCUGCAGUCCAGCAAAGAGAUUCACAGAAUACAGGCUGCUUUCCAGUCCAUUGUUCUGUCUCGAAUCAUUCCAGAUAAUGAGCCAGCUAAUAUCACUGCCAUAGGGAUCAGAACCAUUGUGGAUACACUGGAACGUUCCCAAGCACACCACACACUGGCUUUGGCUGCUGAUUGUGUGGCCCGUUUAGCACACACCCGCGCAGGAAUCGCUGCUGCUCUGGUUUCCAUAGAUGCAGUUGGCGUAUUAUUCCAACUCCUCUCCAGCUCAGUAGACCUGGUCCAGAGUUGUGCUGCUGUUGCACUUGGGUAUUUGAGCUUCAAUCACGUAGCAGAGAGACAGCUACUGAAAAGGUGCAGGAAGAAACCUCAUCUUGUUGGGAACCUGCUUCUCUAUACCAGAAAACACAAGAUAUCCCCAACGUUUUUGGCAAGAUGGAAGCACUCCCAAGAACUGAGGCUGCCCCCUAUUCGGAACAAACCUGCCCUUGUAUCAUCCAUGCAUAUGAAGUUUUCAGUAGUCCACCCCCUUCCUGGUAAGUGUCAAUGGUUAAGUGUCAUGUUCUUAUCUUCUAUUCCUCAGGAUGUCAUCACUUUUUGA